AUGCAAAACACAACAGAUGAAAACAUCCGGUCAUAUGCAAAUGCAAUGAUCCAUUGGCUCUCAGAAUUCUCAGACUCACCAAUUCAAGCUGAUGCAGAGAUUGAUGUUUUCACAAAUCCAGAGAUUUUAUAUUACUUAAUCAAAAGCUUAUUAAAGAAAGAAGAUUUUUUAGACUAUGACGAUAUUUUUAGUACCAAUCUAGUCGUCGAAAAAAAUGAGACAACAAUAUCGGUUAAUCGAAACAUUGAGUAUCAAAUCAAUCAGCUAGAUGUAAUUUUAAAUUUACAUUUCAAAAGAUUUCCAUACUUAAGUCAAAUACCCAAAUUAAAUUUAUACAAGUUAGUUUUAUUCGAUGAUAUUAACGAGUUGGCAUCAAUGUGUCAAAUUUUAUACAUAAUAGGAACCUAUACUUCGCAUUUGGCUUCUAGGGGACAGUCAUUCAUCGAAUUUUUAAGCGAAGAAGACCAAGUUGUGAUGAAAGCCUUUAAUUUAUUAUCGGGUGAUAUUAGCGACAAAAAGGUCUCGAGUCUGACGAUUACUUCAAAUGGUGUGGAAAAGUAUGGUGUCUCGUUAGAUGAGUAUAAUGCUAUCAAAUGGGAGUCGAAUUUAUUUGAAAAAGUUAUUCAAGCUAUAGCUAUUGAGAAAAAUAAAACGGAAGCAUGA